AGCCGAACAUAGUAACUACCUCCUCCUUUUUUUGAAGUCGGUAAUGAACUAAAAGCGGUACUUUUGUUCUAAGGAAAUAAUACUUUAGGUACUUAACUUUUACCCUCAAAUAUUUUAAUAUUAGAUUUUUUUGAGUUACGUUAGCGCAAUGCAAAUAUUCAGUAUUUAUCAAUAUUUCAAAUGAAUACACACAAUAGUAGGUAACUAAGAGAGUAUGUUUUCAAAGUGUUAUUUCAAAUAGAUAGAUCGAUUAAUUUAUUCAUGAAUACUUUGCUAUAAAUAAAACUUAAAGAACUUCUCACAUGAGUUUGGGAACCUUACAUACCUAACUCAUAAUAAUGCGUGCAAAUAACGUUACUGUGGGUACAAAGCAUGCGUUGUUUUUUUAUAAAACAUUUAGCAACAAUGAAAUUAAAUUACUUGUAUUGAAUUCACACCCACGAUAGUAAUUACUUCGCAGAAUGUUUCAAAACACAGCAAAUCCCCAAAUGCUACUUUACACAUCAUUAUCUAAUUGCCAGAUUUUUUUUAUUUAUAUUAAAAUUUCGUUUUAAUCUGGCUAUUGUACAUUUCUUAUUUCAAAUAUCACGAAAUAAUAAUAAUUACCCAAAAUCAAACAUAACUCCAAUAAAGGCUUGGUAUAGGCUACCAAGCCUUUUUAUUAUAUAUAGCAGUGCUACCAAGGGGCAUUGCUAUAUAAUAGCAAUAAAAAUCUACGCACGGAGCCUUCUCGUCAUACAUACGUCUCGCGGAUGUACGACAAAUCUGUGUCUAAGUACUUACUUGGACUUUGAGUAUUUAUCGUGUCACUACUGCCUAUAAUUGCAAGGCGUGAUAGCCAUCUAUCUUGGCACAAACGACAAAACCACUACAAACUUAUGAUAAAGAAAUAAAUACGAAGAUUUACCACGACAUAUGCUUCGCAGACAUAGAUUAUAGAAAAAGGGUGUACUAUCGAAAGAUGCCGGUUUCGAUGGUACGUAACCACGAUUUCGGUUGUUUACGAGUAACAGUCUGAAUGUACUAUACUCUUUGGUUUGAAUGUUGGCUUUUCCAGUUCUUAAUUUUUAUUUUGUACUUGACAGUAUCUUAUACGUUUAGUUACUUCAUCACUAGGUAUAUAGGUAAAAAAGCGGAUGUCCUGUAAAUUCUGAAGAAAAAAAAUUUGAAUGUGUCAGAAACUAAUAAUAACAGAACUGUAAAUAAAUUGUUAGCAACAACAAAACACAAAUGUACGACCAAUUUUAUGUUUAUAAUUCUGUGCAGUGAUCUCUAGUUAUCGUGGUGGACGGAUGUUGGCUACGAAUGGCACUCAGCGGUUGUUCGAGCGGACUGGUGGUGACGGCGGUGGUGGCGCUGCUGCUGCUGCCGGCGCAGUACUACGUGCCCGACCUGUACACCGGCGUCGAGGACCCGCUCGCCGCGUCCGACCAGCUCGACUCGCCCGCCGCCGCCUUCGGGUGGCUCGAUCUAGCGUUCGUUCACUUGCCGCCGCUUGAUCUAUUCGUCACAGUCUCUUUGUUGGCGUUAGGAAUGUUAACAUACCUAUGCGAGUGGAUACAGAGGAAGCUGAUGGAAAGAAGAAUUGUAAAGCUGAACCAGUACUUGGGCGCGAGCGUGGAGCGGCUGCGCGCGUGGGAUGCGCAGCAGGAGCAGUUGGAGGUGACGCUGAAGAUGGUGCAGAACGCGACGUCGGAGUACAACCUGCUGCUGUACCUGCUGCUGCGCCAGCACCGCUGCCUCGCCGCGCACACCGGCCCGCCCUCCAACUGCUUCUUCGACAAAGGCCUCGAGGAAGAUCUCACUUUUUUAAGAAAUCCCACGCUCGACGCGUAGUGCGUGUCAUCACGCGUUUAUUAUUUAAUAAUUAUAGUGUUGACUUGUUUACAUUGUCGUUUUAUUUAAUAGCUUUUACUUAAU